UGUAUAGGUAGGAGCAGUUGGGUUGCGACCCCUUAGAGAGGGGAGGGUAUAUAACCGUCUCCUAACCAAGCACAACGUAUUUCAGAGUAACUGCAAGACUCAAUAGUUUCGGUGUUUUUUUACUAUUUCAGACAAAUAAUUAUUUUUAAUCAUGAGGGAAAUCGUGCAUAUCCAAGCUGGUCAAUGCGGAAACCAGAUUGGUGCUAAGUUCUGGGAAAUAAUCUCUGACGAGCACGGAAUCGACCCAACCGGCGCAUACCAUGGAGAUUCGGACCUUCAACUGGAGCGCAUCAAUGUAUACUACAAUGAAGCCUCCGGAGGCAAAUACGUUCCACGUGCCAUUCUAGUCGACCUUGAACCUGGGACGAUGGAUUCCGUACGGUCAGGACCAUUCGGACAGCUUUUCCGCCCUGACAAUUUCGUAUUCGGUCAGUCAGGCGCUGGAAAUAACUGGGCAAAAGGACAUUACACAGAAGGCGCCGAAUUGGUAGAUUCGGUACUUGACGUCGUACGAAAAGAAGCUGAAUCAUGUGAUUGUUUGCAAGGUUUCCAAUUGACACAUUCCCUUGGUGGCGGUACCGGUUCCGGUAUGGGUACGCUGCUUAUCUCGAAAAUACGCGAAGAAUAUCCCGAUAGAAUUAUGAACACAUUUUCCGUUGUACCCUCGCCAAAAGUAUCCGACACAGUUGUAGAACCAUACAACGCCACCCUUUCAGUACACCAACUUGUAGAAAACACCGACGAAACUUACUGCAUUGAUAACGAAGCCUUAUACGACAUCUGCUUUAGAACACUCAAACUUACCACACCAACAUACGGAGAUUUAAAUCAUCUUGUUUCACUCACAAUGUCCGGCGUUACCACUUGCCUUAGAUUCCCAGGUCAGCUGAACGCAGAUCUUCGAAAGCUUGCAGUAAACAUGGUUCCUUUCCCGCGACUUCACUUCUUUAUGCCCGGUUUUGCACCACUCACCUCCAGAGGCAGCCAACAGUACAGAGCUUUAACCGUACCUGAACUUACCCAACAAAUGUUUGACGCCAAAAACAUGAUGGCCGCCUGCGACCCCAGACACGGACGUUACCUCACCGUAGCGGCCAUCUUCAGAGGACGCAUGUCGAUGAAAGAGGUCGACGAACAAAUGCUCAACAUCCAAAACAAAAACAGCAGCUACUUCGUCGAGUGGAUCCCUAAUAACGUCAAAACCGCCGUUUGCGACAUUCCACCCAGAGGACUAAAAAUGUCCGCCACCUUCACCGGAAACUCGACCGCCAUUCAAGAACUAUUCAAACGUAUCUCCGAACAAUUCACAGCUAUGUUCAGGCGUAAAGCUUUCUUGCAUUGGUACACGGGCGAAGGUAUGGACGAAAUGGAAUUCACUGAGGCGGAAUCCAACAUGAACGAUUUGGUUUCGGAAUACCAACAAUAUCAGGAAGCAACCGCCGACGAAGAUGCCGAAUUUGAUGAAGAACAAGAAGGUGAAGUCGAUGAGAAUUAAAAGUCCUGCACUUUAUCUGAAAUCGCUUUUUACUAUUUUUGUACGCGCAUGUUUUGGUAAUAUUUACAUUCCUUCUUCAUGUGUAGACACUAUACAUACAAAUUAUAACUUAAUUCAAGACUGA